AUGGCUAUGUUUGGACAAAAGCACUGCAACGUUUCCGAGGUCGAGGUUCCUCCUCCUCUUCCUCCUCCUCCUCCUCCUCCUACUCCUCCUCCUCCUCCUCCUCCACCUCCACCUCCUCCUCUUAGACGUCCUGUUGUUGUCUUUAAUGUGAGUCCUGAGGCCCACGCCAGGCCUCUUUCUCCAUCUCACAAAUUCCCACCACACGUUCAGGCUUCCCCCCGGGCCAAGGACCCAUGCUGGCAUAAGACCGGGCGUAAUCUAUACCCACCACCAGCCGAUGAUGAUGGCGACCUUUCGGAGCACCAUUACUGGAUCCUCAUCUCUUGCCAUUUAUCCCCCUCGAUGUAUUCGACCUGA